GGCUCCGCCAGCUCGGGAGAGGGAGGGGGCGUGGCUUCCCGGCAGGGCGGGUGGCCGCGCCUCAGUCCCGCCCCCAUCCGCAGCUGCCUCCGCGCGCCAAAAUCAAACCCCAGGACCCGCCGGCUGGAGAACCUGCUGCGGCGGGAGCUCAGCUUGCGCGUCAGGUCACGUUCGGCAGUGGCGCGAGCCCCAGCGCGCGCACCUGUGGCCACUUCCCAGCCCUCCCUGCUUGCGCUCCGGGCCGCCGCGAGACCAGAAUGGCCACCCCGCCGAAGAGGAGCUGCCCGUCUCCCGCGACCGGCUCUGAGGGGACCCGCAUCAAGAAAAUUGCCAUCGAAGGCAACAUCGCUUCAGGGAAGACAACAUUCGUGAAUAUCCUUAAACAGGUCUGUGAGGAUUGGGAAGUGGUUCCUGAACCUGUUGCCAGGUGGUGCAGUGUUCAGAAUGCUCAAGGAGAUUGUGAGGAACUGACGACAUCUCAGGAAAGUGGCGGAAAUGUUCUUCAGAUGAUGUAUGAGAAACCUGAACGAUGGUCUUUUACCUUCCAGUCAUAUGCCUGCCUCAGUCGAAUACGAGCCCAGCUUGCCUGUCUUGACGGCAAGCUCAAAGACACAGAGAAACCUGUAUUAUUUUUUGAGCGAUCUAUAUAUAGUGACAGGUAUGUCUUUGCAUCUAAUCUGUAUGAAUCUGACUGCAUGAAUGAAACAGAGUGGACAAUUUAUCAAGACUGGCAUGACUGGAUGAAUCAACAGUUUGGCCAAAGCCUUGAACUAGAUGGAAUCAUUUAUCUUCGAGCCACUCCAGAGAAAUGCUUGAAUAGAAUAUAUUUACGGGGAAGAAAUGAAGAACAAGGCAUUCCUCUUGAAUAUUUAGAGAAGCUUCACUAUAAGCAUGAGAGCUGGCUACUGCAUAGAACACUGAAAACCAACUUUGAUUUUCUACAAGAAAUCCCUAUCUUAACAUUGGAUAUUAAUGAAGACUUUAAAGACAAACAUGAUGGUCUGAUUGAAAAGGUCAAAGAAUUUUUGAGCACUUUGUGAUUUUGCUGAAGACUACAGGCAGCCAAAUGAUUCCAGAUACUUCAGCUUUGAGUAUCUUCGUAGCUCAGUAUUCAUACAAGUCUCUAGAAAACCCAGGUUUUUUACCAUUUUUGUUCCAAGAAAAAAAUUGUUUUGAUGAAUUCUAUGUAAAAGUUUAUGACCUGUUUCUUUUCUUUUUUGCCUUAAAAAAAAAUAAGACAUCUAAUUAUCUCUCACAACAAAAGGUCUGGAGGUAGAUGGUUCCAGAGUAAGUACUGCCUAAACUACAUCACAAAGGACCCAGCCUCCUCCUGUCUUUCCCCCUAUUAUUCUCCUCAGCAGGUUGGCUUCCCUCUCCCCUCACCAGUUUCUUAACUGGGAACUUUAAUGUUACAGAGUAAAUGGUAAUGUUCCCAGUGUAAAUUAAUGUACCUAUUACAAGCUGAAAAGUGGAAUUUAAGGAACCCCUAUAAAAGGAUUAUGAAGUUUUAAA